AUGCCUGCUGUGAAACGCCCACGUCACAGUUUUACGUUUGAUUAUAAGCUUAGAGUAAUAACUCUUGCCGAUGAAAUCGGUAAUAGAGCAGCAGCAAGAGAAUUUGAAAUUGAUGAAUCCAUGAUCCGUUACUGGCGAAAGAAAAAAGCCAUGGCAAAACUACCAAAACGUCAGCGCACUUGCCGGACUGGUAUCGCAAAAAGUUUCCCGCAUUGGAAAAUGCCUUGAAGGAGUGGAUUGUCAGCCAAAGAGAAAAUAGCCGUGCUGUCACUACCGUCAUGAUCCGACUGAAGGCGAGAGAAUUAGCAAAGCAAAUGAAUGUUGCUGAUUUUGUAGGAGGUCCGAGCUAG